AUGGACGUUCUAAAGGCUUAUGAAUUAUCAACAUUGACUGGAACACAAGUGAUGUUGCUUGUGGCAUCGGAAACCGGUCACGUGUACACUUUUGCUACUAGAAAACUACAACCAAUGAUUACAAGUGAAGCAGGCAAGUAUUUACAAUUAGGUAAAGCAUUGAUCCAGACCUGCUUGAAUUCGCCAGAUCCUCCAGCUGGUUCGGCGGGGGGUGACCAAAGGAUGUCUGCCACUGGCUUCGAGGAGACCGAACUCACCUAUAAUAUUUCGGACGACGAUUCUAAAGUAAGACAAAUGGUAUAUGGUUCGCCACACACGCACGCUCAUCCACAUUCCCUCGCAAGUCAAGGUCAUUAUUCCCACCUAGAGCAAACACACCUCGGGUUAGGGGGGUCGCCGCAACACGGUGGGUAUUCUCAAGCGUGUCCAAGUCCUCUUCCCCCGCCUCACCAAGGUUACGGCCACCCCCAGCACCCACACUCGCAUAUGCACUCGCACCCUCAGCGGUAG